AUGUCUGAUCCAAAUCGGUCAACAUCACGUUGGUCAACAUCAAUGUCAGUUACAUCAAAAUCAACAAAUGCUACUAAUCAAACAACACCAUUAGUAGUUUUACGAAGAAAAUUAUUUCGACAAUCAGCAAGUCAUAAAAAAAAUUUCUCACAACGUAUGGAAAAAUCAAAACAUGAUGUUGAAGAAUUAUUUAAAUUAUAUUAUUCAAAUGAUAUUAAAUUUGAUACAUUUCAACGACAAAUUGUUACUGGAACACGUAUUCAAACAGCACAAACAUCACAAUUAUCACAAGAUAAUCUAACAACUAGUUCAACAAAUGCUUUCAAUGGUAAACAUUUUGUUAGUCGUGAACAAUGGAGUCCACUGGAUUUGCACUGUAAUGAACAACAACAGCCAACGAAUAAUGAAACAAUAACAGCAAAACAAUCAUCAACAAAACGAUCAGUACAUAUUCGAACUGAUAAUAAUGCGAUUAUUAAUCCUCCAGUAUCUUCAUCAAGUCCUGGUCUUUCGCCAUCAAAAGUAAUACCAAUACUUCCAAAUCCAACUGAAACAUCUUCAUCAAUUCAACAAGAAGACUUAUGUGAUUCAUCACUUAUCAAAAGUGUUACUGUAAUUGGAGAUUUUUCUAAUGAAUUUCAUGAAAGUAUAAAUAAAAGAAGAAGUAAAUCAAAACUAACUCAACGUCCAAUAUCAUCAAAAUCAUCAAUAUUAACAAUACCACCACCACCAUCACUUUUAGUAACAAAUACAAAUAGUCGAAAAGAUCCGAAUGUUCUAUCAAAUACAUCGAUUUCAACAAUGGGUUCAUCACAACAGCACAAAUCAAAUCGAUCAGCUAUUGUGACUGGUUCAGCAGUUAUAGUUCGACAACGAUCAUCAUCAAAACUAUCACGCAGUAGACAACGAACAAAUUUCGAUUCAACAACGACAACAAUUUCAUCGUUAUCACAAUCAACUACAAAACCUCGUUCACCAUCAAUAUGUAGUCCUUUAUCAAUUGAUCCUGAUAUACCUGAAUUACCUGUUUAUGUUGGUGGACAACGUGUUGUAUCGAUUCCAUCGAAAUGCAGUCGUUAUGUUCUUGUUACAUUUCCUGAAGUACCACUUCGUUAUAAUGCACCAUCUUAUGUUGAACGACUCUUAUUACCUGAACGUUUUCCAACAUUAUUUCAAAAUAUAGUUCAAAGUUAUGAUCCUCAUUUAACAAAUGUACAACCUCCUCGAAAUACAAAAUAA